AUGGCUCCCCACAUGUCGGCGGUAGCGGACCGCCCCCCCAACAGCGAGACAACGUCCCAGGACGAGGACUAUGACGACGACAAGGCGGUCGUCGCUCGCUGCGAGGACCCCAAAGAAAUGGGCGACAAAAACAAACUCGCCAACGAGAUCAAUUGGCAGAUUGACGAUAUUCCUCUCAAGUACCGCAUCAUGGCCUUUUGCUUUGUGGUGCUGUUCAGUACUGGAGCGGCGUUUGCAGAGGCGACUCUGGGGCCGUUGAAAAGUACUAUUAUGAAGGAGUUGAACCUUAACAACGCUCAAUUCGCCAGUAUCUCCACCGCAAGCAACCUCGUCAACACUGUCCUCCCCAUCAUCGGCGGUGCGGUCAUGGACUACUAUGGCGGGCUGUACGGUGCCGCCAUUGCGAGCGGUUUCUGCGUCGUGGGCUCCAUCAUCGCCGCUUCCUCCACCAAUUCAGGCAAGUACGGUCUCCUGAUCGGUGGCCGUAUCUUCAUGGGCUUUGGAAGCAUCAUCAUCGAGACGUCGCAGAACAAGCUGUACGCCCACUGGUUCAACGGCUCGCUCCUUGCGUUUGCCAUUGCCCUCGAUCUGGCUUGGAACUCGGUCACCACGGUCAUUGCGCGCGCGUGCGCGGUGCCCAUGUCCCGUCUUGGCGGGUGGUAUGGAUGGGGUCUGUGGAUCCCGGCCAUUUCCACUGUGUUCUGUGCCCUCAUCGUCGUCGGCUACGGCGUGUUCGAGCGCCGCGUGGUGCCUCAGCAGUAUCGGCCUGUGGCGGGACGGGACAUCGUCAAGGGUGGCGGGCUGAAGCGGACGCAAGCUGCGUUCCUCAACAUUCUCCGAAUUGCGCGCACAGUGUACUCUGCCAACUUGACCGAUAUCCAAGAACGUACACGCGGCACCACCGCCUUGACUGGCGGGUACUAUUCGUCGCUACUUAACGUCGUUGUGAUUGUCGUCGUCCCCGUCCUGGGUCUGUUUUACGAUAAGAUAGGCUGGCGCAUGCCGUUUGUGUCACUCGGUGCCAUCGCCUACGUGAUUGCGUUUGCGCUCAUCGGCCUCACGACCGUCAACGCCAUUGCGCCCAUCCUCAUCGCGUCGUUUGCGCUCGCCCUCAACGUCCUGCCCUUCAUCGGAAGCAUCCCGCUCAUCAUCAACGACCCCACACUCAUGGGCACGGCGUACGGCAUGUGGUCCAGUUUCGUCGCUUGCAACAACAUCAUCCUCGAAGUGGCCUGUGGCGCCAUCCAGGACGCGACCCCGGGCCAGAGCUAUGAGCGUGUCAUCUACUUCCUCAUCGCCAUCAAGGCGUGGCAGGUCUUUGAGGGACCCAUCCUGGAUUUCCUGGAUGGCAAACUCCUCGGCCACGUACUGAGGAAGAAUGAAAAGCAGCGGAUCAAGCUGCGAGACGAGAUGGCCCUGGAGGGUAAGGAGUUUAAGGGGUGGAAGGUGUACAAGUCGGUGACCAUGUUCUUUGGGGGUCAAUACGUCAUCAUGGUGAUCGUGUCUUGGGUGCUCUUCUUCAUCUAUACCAUUGGGUGA